UUUGUUCAUAUCCUAAAAUACAAUCAAGCUUGCAUGCUAUUGUUGCCGAUCAAAUGCAUAAUAAUGCGAUUAAUAUUGUGCCGUAAAAGAUACGAGUAUAUCAAAAGGUGAUCAUGGUAAUACAAAACACUUAUUAAUUUGUUAUACUUAUCUACGGCUCUAUCUCUAUUGUCCGUUUUUAUAUUAUUAUAUUAAUCAAUCAUACUACAAUUUUUCAAGUGGAAGAAAAACAGGUUCCCUCUAGGUUUUUCUCCUUGGAAGAUUUUUUUUUUUUUUUACUUUAAGGUUUCUCUCUUGAGAGGGUUUUUCUAGCCUCCAUUGCUAGGUUUUUUCAAUUUUUUUUGAAGGUUUUCCUUCUCUGUUCUCUCUUUUCUCUCCAUCUCUACCAUCUCUUUCCUUUUGGUCUCAGUUGUGAAUCUUUGUAGGGGUUUUCACUGGUGUUCUACCAAUGGUAAGCCCCCAAAAACUUUUUAAUUGCUUUCAAUAAAUAAAUCUCAUUCUUGGAUGAUGAUUUUUCUCUUGAGUUUAUUUUGUUUUUAUGUUUGUAUGGCAAAUAUUGAAGAUAUAGGGUUUCAUAAUCUCUAUAAGAAUCUGGAGGACCACAUGAGUAUUUUCACUCAAACGACUACGUAUCAGUGGAUUUCAAGCCAAAUCAAUGCGAACUCACAGAUUGAAUUGAUUCUAAUGAAGUUUAUUAUUAAGACGAUUGUUAAUCAAAUCUACGAUGUAUUAGUUUUAAGGUGUGUACUUGUGUUGAAAUUCUUGAUGUCUUAGGAAUUAUAUGUAAGUGUCGUUUGGCUAUAUUUUAUUAACGGAAUUCCUUUUUCUUUUUGUCAAAAAAAAAAAAAAAAAAAACAAAACAAAACAAAAAUUUUCAAGUGAUAUGAUCCUUUUUACAAAUAAUUCUCUUUUAGCUAUGUAUGAUAUGAUCAUGAGUUAAUUUUAAAAUACCAAUUUAUUUUGUUAAUAUAUAAUUACUUUUGGCUUUACAUAUGCAACCGUGUUUAUAUCAAUUCCCAUUAUUUUAGGCGUGUAAUAUAAGGAGCAACAAUAAAAGUAACUCCGUAUUAAUGUAGGUAAGAUAUGUUUUCAUGUAUUGACUACUUCUUCAAGACCUUUGACCUUUAACAACUAUGCUAAGUGAUAAACAUGACUCCGUUCAAAAAAAAAAAAAACAAAAAAAAAAAAAAAACCAAAAAAAAAGUGAUAUACAUGACUUGGAUAAAAAAAAAAAACAAAAAAAGAAAUGAGAACACCUCAAAAAAGUUUAUGUUAAUAAUAUCUAUCUUUUUCUACUUGGAAAGUCCCUCGUUCCUUUAUUUGGUUGGAUAAAAGGAAUGGAGGGUAGAGUGAAUGAAAAUAUUAUGGUUAGCCACCCUCUUCUGGAGAAUGAAUUGGAGGCAAACGGGAAGAAUAAUUCAACAAAAGAAGGGAACUCCUCUUUCUUCGAGGCUUUCUUCAAUGGCCUAAACGCUCUUUCAGCAAUGGAGGGAGUUAUGGUUAGCCUUAGCCACCCUCUUUUGGAGAAUGAGAAUGAGAAUGAAUGGGAAGUAAACCACAAGCAUUCAACCAACGAAGGCGACUCCUCUUUCUUCAAAGCUUUAUUCAAUGGCCUUAACGCCCUUUCAGGGGUUGGAAUUCUAUCAGUACCAUAUGCCCUAGCAUCAGGUGGUUGGUUAAGUCUGAUAUUGAUCUUCAUUGUCGUGACAGCAGCAUUCUACACGGGUUUGCUUAUAAAGCGAUGCAUGGAAGCUGAUUCAAGCAUAAGAACAUACCCUGAUAUAGGGGAGCGUGCAUUUGGGAAGAUCGGAAGAACAAUAACAUCAGUAUUUAUGUGCACAGAGUUAUACUUAGUCGUUACAGGUUUCCUAAUCUUAGAAGGCGACAAUCUACAUAACCUUUUUCCUGGUCUGAAAUUAGAAACUUCUUGGCUGCAACUUGGAGGAAGAGAGAGUUUUGUGCUGCUUAUUGCCCUUAUCAUUCUUCCCUCGGUUUGGUUGGAUAAUCUUAGUAUUCUUUCGUACAUCUCUGCUACUGGUGUCCUCGCUUCUGUUGUGAUUAUUGUGUCGAUUUUAUGUGUUGGAACGUUUGAUGAGAUUGGAUUUCACAGCAAGGGUGAUCUACUAAACUGGUCAGGCAUUCCUACAUCAGUUAGCUUGUAUGGCUUCUGCUAUUGCGCGCAUCCUGUUUUUCCUACCUUGUACAACUCAAUGCAGAAAAAACAUCAGUUUUCUAAGGUACUACUUCUCUGUUUUCUCUGUUCGACUAUUGGUUAUGCAUCAAUGGCAAUCAUUGGAUACCUGAUGUAUGGUUCGGAAGUUGAAUCACAAAUAACUCUGAACCUCCCAACAGAUAAAAUGUUCUCUAAAAUUGCAAUCUAUACGACGUUGGUUAAUCCUCUAUCCAAGUACGCGCUGAUGUUAGAACCUGUUGUGAAUUCUACUGAGAGCUGGUUCCCAAAUCAUCACAAGAAAAAGCAUUUCAAACUUGUGUUAAGAACAAGUUUGGUUGCUACUCAAGUCAUUGUAGCAUUGGUUGUUCCGUUUUUCGGGUAUCUCAUGUCUCUUGUAGGAGCAUUUCUAAGCAUUACUGCAUCAAUCACACUUCCAUGCUUGUGCUAUAUAAAAAUUUCAGGCAAUUACAUGAGAGGUGAGGGGUUAUUAGUGGUAGCUACUGUUGUAUUGAGUGUAUUGAUCGCAAUAUAUGGUACUUAUACUUCUUUAGUACAAAUCAUACAGGGAACUGUUGUUAAUUUAUAAUUUAAUUUAUUGUUAGAUGCUACACAUUUUAAUGAAA